AUGUCUCCCAGGACAAGCAGCGACUCUGAGCGAGUCAUUUCCCAGCCCAUGCACACAAUGGUUUCAGGAAUGUCAAAUCUUGGCUCAAGGCCACUCCAGGAUGAUGAAAUGUCAAGCCACGACAGCUCCUCAUUGUGCUCAAGUAUCCGGACAGCCCAUGGAAAUCCCCAGGACAUGAAAAACUGGACAUUGAACCACCAAGAAUCUUUUGAACAGAAGCAAGACCCGUCCGAGGUGCACAUGCUUUCUUUCUCGCUGUCUCAGCAGCUGAUGACUCCCACCGUUGGACCAAAUGAUGUGAUGUAUCCAGUGGACUUCCCAGCAGUCCCUGACAUGAAUGACCAUGAAAUGUCCCGGGAUCUCUAUAGCUCAUUCCUGGAUUUCUCUUCUGUUGAAAAUGAUGCCUGUGUCAGGAACGGCACUCCAGAUGAUGCUCUUUCUAUCGGACACAGCUCUCACACCGAUGACGGCCACUAUAUUGCCGAGUCAUGGACCCCCAUGAUGCACGGAUCCCACUACCCAGGAACCACAAUGGAGCAAUUCUCAUCCGGUCUUUACCAGACUGUCCCGGUCUCUCCCCCACUGACGGAAGCUAGUAAUGAUAUGUCUGUUACUUCUUGCUCCCACCCGGGAUUCCCCUCAUUCAUGGCCCCUGAUGAGACCAUUCUCGGAGGUGAAUUUACCACAUCGCCCAUUGGAGCCCACGGAAUCAACCCAACAGAGCCUUUGUUCCCCAGCACAUCUCUUAAUGAAAGAGAUCUGAACAGGACCAUCAGACCUUCCAAGCAGUCCCGCCGCUCAGCAUUGCCAGCGGUAUCUCAGAAGGCCGAUCCAGAGUUUUUCCCAUCUCUUCCCGUGAGAGAGCCAACCCGUCAAAAGUCCAAGGAAGGUGUUGAGGCUCGCAACCCGCGAGAGCACCAAUAUUACUCCAUGUCCACUCACAGCGACGGAAAAUACUACUGCCCAUUUGCCACUGGAGAGAAGCCAUGCAACCACCCACCCACCACGCAAAAAUGCGCUUACCAGCAAGUUCUUCCACUUAUUUUGUACCUGGACUCUCACCUGAAGCCUUACCGCUGCAAGGUGCCCGCCUGCAUCGAUGCUCAGCUGCGCUUCUCUUCCAACGCGUGUCUGUUCCGCCACGAGCGUGAAGCCCACGGAUUACAUGGCCAUGGAGAUAACCCCCACCUUUGCCUCUGGGAAGGAUGUGAGCGUGCCGUUCCCGGAAAUGGAUUCCCAAGGAGAUGGAACCUAUACGACCACAUGCGUCGUGUCCACGACUUUGCCACCUCGGAGCGUCACAGUUCCCCUGAGACCUCCCCCGGUGCCGGCCAGAUCAAGAAGAAGGAGCCAACCGGCCGUAAGAGAAGAGUCACCGGUGCCACCCCGGCCCCGACCAUGAAGCGAACCCGCUCCGUCCACUCCCAGGCUAGCUCUAUCAAGGCGGUCCAAACCUCCAUUGGCCAACGCCGUCAGAGCGCAGAGAGUGAGUACUUCAAGUGCCGCUCCCGCUUGAUGGAGCAGAUCGGUAGCAUCUCCCCGCAGGACAACGUCGCCCACGAGAAGUUGAACUCUAGCUUCCAGGAACUCUACACUCUGAGCUUGAACAUACGUCAGAUUGAGGCCAGCCAGGCCGUCAACCACGUGUCCAAUGGAUUGCCACCCGCGUGA